AUGAUAAACGGCACAGCAUUCAGUCGCCGCCAACAAGAUAACGCCACCGCAGAAACACCGGGGAGCGACCGGUCCAUCGUCGAAGAAAGCCCGCAGAGAUUGCUUGCUACUGCUACACUGGAAUCCCCUCUUAUCGCAGUCGCCGAAUAUGCCUGCAAUGAUUCCACAAGACAACUCCUCCAAGAAACCAUUCAGCUAGACUUGCCAGGAGACUGGCAUCCGUUACUGGAUCCCAGCCUACUAAAUGACGAGUCCAACUAUAGCUCGAGCGCCUCGCAUGCCUUGGCAUUGGCGGCUGUCGCAACCUACAACGGACUCUUGUUCUCGCUGUGUGAUUGGCCACACUUUCGAGUCAUGCUUUCCACAACGGUAUCCUUGGUGAAUCGAUCCAGGGAGGAGUCCUCCUUCUUCGUUUCCACGGGCGCCAAUACUACAACAGCUGUCGAGUUUCAAAUGACAGCCGAGUGCCAUGACUGCGACAUUGAUUUGCCACUCUUUUCGGAUCCCUCUGCUACUAUGAUGGGUAGAAUUGACACGGUACCUCUGGGACAACACGAACCCAAUGCUAGCAUGACACUGCCGACGUCACCAGUUGCUUCCAGGCAGGGAGAUGAUCGACGUAGUGGUGUUUGUGUGAUGAUCGACGUAGUGGUGUUUGUGUGUGCCCAGUGUCCGAGGCAUCAUCAACAACAAAUAAUAUCUCCAAGCCUCCCACAACGAAAGAGUUUCUUGCGGCAUUGGAGCCAGCACUUGCUACCAUACUACUCCCAGUCAAGGAUAGUACAGAGGAAGUGCCCUGCAGCUCUGAAGUUGGGACAUUCGCAUCUUAUGUUUUCCUGA